AUGGGUGCUUCGAGUUCAUCCAAAGAAAAACGUAACGUAAAGCGAAUAGAUUUAAAAUCAGCCGAUGAAGUAAAGCCUGAAGAGGGCCAACCUAGAAAAAAGUACGUCGUACCACGAACCAAGAAACAGCAGAAGGCCUUUGAGAAGAAUAGGGCUAAUACCGCCAAGAAAUUCCCCAAGUACGCCCAAUCAAAUAUGCCCGAGGUUUCAACGAAGAAAAAAAUAGAUAUAAAAUUAGAAGUUUCCUCGCCUGUAGUGAGCGACACCAAGGUCGCUCCACGCAGAACUACCCCUUCCCCCAGUUUUUUAUAUCCACCACCUCAAGAUGCAAGCCAGCUGGAACUUCACAAACCGAAAAGCGGAAUAUUCGUUAAUGAAUCGGAAAAACCAGACGGCGACAGAGACUAUGACAGUUUCGAUUUAGUCUACUCCAGAAGCCCCAGAUCAGAGAGACCGGAGGAACGACGCAGGAGGAAGAGAAAACAGAAAGGUAAAACAUUAGAAAAUAUACAGGAGGAACCCGCAGGCACAGUUAAGAAAGUAAAGAAACAAGAGGCAAAUAAGAAAGAGCCGGAAUCGACGCAAGAGAGAGAAACACAAGAACUGUUACUCAUGAUGGAGGAAUUGGCAAAUGACCCAGGAGAAGACAUGGACACCUACCUGACCAAACAGUUCAGGAGAAAAGUCUCGCAGAUAUCCAAAGCGACGUCCUACCAGAGCAAAGAUAUUCAAACGAUCGAGUCGAAGGAUCUCUUCGAAGAACCAGCGGUGAGCAAAUACGUUCAAAAAUUUCGAAGGGAUUCGGAAGCGAAGCGUUUCGAGCCUGUCAAACGCAAAUUCAAAAGGGGGACGUUAGAGAGUCAUUCCUUCACGAAGUUGCACCAGCCGACUUUGAAAGACUUUUUCUUCGGAUCGAAAGAGGGUACCAUGCACCAAGGCAACGAAAAUUUCCCACCAUCAGUGAGGAACAACCAGGGGAUAUGCAUGCCAGUUGCUGCUUAUUGUUAUUCAGUUUUGAAGCAUCCCAAUAAAUGGACCUCGGAGAAUAUUGAUGAAAUCUUAGAAGCAGGAAAUAACCUGAUGACGCAGAGUAUAAAGAAGGCACAUAAGCAUUAUGGUACGAAAGAUCUAAAGCCUGAACAUUUACAGAAGUACUGCAUAAUAGGCGACAAGAAGAUCCGCUUCAUAGUGGACGAACCCGAAGUAUCCGGAUUCAUCCGCUCCGACGACAAAAGGGUGUUCAACUUAUCCAAAGGUCUGAACAUCUUCUUCGCCAGACAAUCGGCCGGGAUACUGAAAACGCAAGAGAUGAACAUAGGCAUAUGGAAGGACAAAUACUUUUACAUGUUCGACGCGAGGCCCAGGACUAGAGACUUGUUCUAUUCCCCAAACGGAACGGCCAUGAUGGCCAACUUCUACGACGUGGCGUCGCUGGCCACGGUUUUCCUGACGAGGUCCAAUUUCGGGAACUGGCCCUUCCUGAUUUACCCUGUGAAGGUGAUUAAAGUGCUGAAAAAAGACGACCUCGAAGCUGAGUCUCAGGUCGAGCCGGAUGUUAGAAGUAAUUUCAACAUUAUAAACGAGAACAAGGCUGUGGUUUUGGCGUCGUUUGAUCUGGCGGACAAAUGCUUUGACUUCUCCAGGAACAAGCAGUCGCUAGCUAUGGCAGCGGUGUGUUUGGUAUACUCCCGAAUAACGCCCCCAAGCGCUUGGCACCGCACCACCGUAGACAAAAUCAUGAUAAUAGGAAACCAACUCUACACGGAAUGCAUGGAGUGCGAAACUUUCAACGAGUUAAAUAUAGACAGUCUUCCUGCCAUCUUCACCAUCGGCCCCUACAUCGUCGAAAUCUACAUCUACGCUAACGUAUACGCCGAUCUGUUGUACAAGAAAUGUUGCUGCACGCUGCUGACAUGCUUAGAGACGUUCUUCGAGAAGAGCACUAAUGGAAUUCUGCAAAUUGAGAAGUAUCAUUUGGCGGUGUGGAAGCAGAGGAACAUGUACUAUUGCUUCGAUCCGUAUUCGAGGGACGGAGAAGGCUUCCGUUGUAGGGACGGCACAGCUUGCACCUCCAUGCACACCAAGAUCAGCUCCCUGGUUGAAAUCAUCACCAGAAACUUCGACAACAAAGACGCGGUCUUCUACUUCCACGCCCUAAAAGUGUGUAAGAUCCAAAGAGACCCCAUCCAGUCCACCAAGUUCCCCAAGCACAUGACCAUGGACGACUUCCCCGUGGAGAAUUUCAAGAACUACAAGAUGAAGAAGAGCAGGAAACCAGCCACUGAGAAACCGGUGACUGUGGAUUACUCGACUCUGGCCAUGAAGAAGCUUUUGGCCGGGGAAGAGCCUGAAACAUCGAUCUUCGAGAUUGGUUCCACGGUGGAAAGCUUGGGCGUGGAGCAGAUCCCGCCCAUGGUGCACAAGCACCCUUCCAAGUCCGUGCUGAAGAAGGUGAAGGCGAGCAAUAUCGAUGUCAUCGCUGACUUGGACUCGCCUAGUCUGUCGGACACGCAGAUAGAGCCGCCUGUACCGGAGCAACCAAAAUUACCAGAAGAAAUCGACUUCAUGGAUCUGGACUCGUUCGUGUUGACUCAAGAAGAAAUCGAACUCCAAGAAUACGAUUUGGGUGGCGAAGAGGGCAGCGGUUACGUGAAAUAUGAGCAGGACUAUCGAGCAGGAGGCGACAUCGAGGGUGGGAAAGAAGUGGAAGAUACUAGUUUCGCCGAUGACGACUGGUUCUUGGCACGAACUGGCUUUACGCAAGUGGGAGAGUUCUCCUUGCCCAAGGAUAGGAGCAGGAUAUCCGAACAGGUCAACACAGAUAUAUCCUUUUUCCCAAUACACAAGGAAAUUUUGUACCCCACUUACAUCCGGGGCAAACAGCGGAUGAGAAACCGCCUGGCAUACCCCAAACCGACAAAAGGCGACGGGUGGACUGAGUACGUACCUCCCGAAGUGGAAGUAACCCAGUCUGAAGAGCUGAAAAAAGAAACGAACUUCAAGGAGUUACCCGAUGGCACCCAAAUCGUCAGCGGGACUAAGAACAUAUCAGAAUUCGGGAAAGAUAUAGAGUUCAUAGCACCUUUUAUAUGCAUAAUGGCUGCUGUGGUAUCCAAGAAGUAUGGUAUUACCACGUGGACGGGAGAAAUAGUGGACUACAUCCUCAAAUGUGGCAAUGAACUUUAUAGAGCCUCUAAGCUACGAUAUGACCAAGUGUCCAAAUUGGAGAUCCCGAAAAUAACUUUAGGGAACACUCACUUUGCCGUGCUGGUAGAAUACGUCUUCGACACCUACAUCAGGCAAAACAUCUUGGAGCUAGCCAUAGAGAAGAUUAUUUUCGUAAGAUCGGACAUGGGAGUCAUGGUCACCCCCACAUACGCAUGCGCUCUGUUGUACAAAAAUCACCUUUACUAUUUGUUUGACGCUUUCAGCAACAACGAAGUUGGACUGAGCGAUGGUCCGGCAAACCACGGAACUGCUUGCUUCAUCAGAUUCAAAGAUGUCCAUUCCCUAGCCAACAGAAUCAUGUACAACAAAAGUAAGAGAGAGGCCGACGAAGAGGUCGUUUAUACGAGAUUCGUCCUCAGUUCGGUGAAAGUUAAAACGUUGCAUCCCUCUCAAGAGGAAACCGCCAAGAAAAAGAAAAAAGGUGAACCUGGGACAGCUAAGAGCGAAGAGUCGGAGGCGCAAAGCAGUGAGGGAUCCCCACAGAGAAAAAAAAAAUCAGACAAAGUAGAAGAGGAGAGCGAAGAAGAAAUAGUUACACAAGAUGGAAAGAAAAGGAUAAGGAAACGAAAUGCCCAAAAUAAAGUCGGUUACCAAAACAAAGACGGGCUUUACAUUAUAGAAGGCACGAGUCAACUAACUGACAGAAAUUCGAUCACGGACGAGUUGAAACAGGAUCAUUUCGUCUGCGUAUGCGCCUGCUUGAUGUUGCUGACCACGCCGAUUCAGAACUGGGAUACGAGAAAGGUCGAUCAGGUGUUGGAUAACGGGAAACACGUGUAUUCUCACGCAGAGGAUUUGGAAAUAUCAGAGAAGAGAACGAUCAAGAACAUGCUAAUCAAUAAGCACAUCUUCGAUAUCGUCAUAAAGCAAAUAAAGAUCGAGAACUGGAGAGAUAAGAAAAAGCUUGCAAUUGCUCUCGACACAAUUUUGAAGAGGAAACUCUCCUAUUUCCUAAUCCAACUCCCGAAUGCAUGUUACGUUAUUCACAAAUCACAGGACGGCGUGUUCCACGUAUUCGACCCAUACGGUUAUCCCGGCAAGGGCAAAGCCAACAAAGCGGGCUGGGUGAGAUUCAAAGACUCCAACAAACUGAGAAUGGGCCUGAAACGAUUAGUAAAAGGCGGUAGGGAACACUUCAGCUUCUACAAUUUUGAAGUCACUUCGGUCAAGAAAGCGCCCAAGGACGUGAUACUGAGCAGCAAGUUGGAAGAGUACGACUUUUUGUACGCGAGCAGAAGGGAGCGUUUUGGUAAACCGUUCUAUGAGGACGUGGAGUGGCUGAAGAUAGACCCUGUGCCGUGGUCACGCAAGUUUAACAAAUCAGCGAGUGGUCGCGAGAGAGGAAAAAUGGAUAAUAUGUGGCAAAACUGGGAUAUAGAGUACAACAAGGACCUGUUUUCUCUCAUUGGAAACAUCCAUCAGUCUUCAGAUAGGUUCUCCGAGGAAACCCGAGGUAAGCAGACUCUAGCCAAUCUGGCCGUUGCUGUCGGGAUGACGGAAAUCUACAACUUGUCCGAGUGGAACUCCGCAGUUAUUGAUUCUAUUCUGGUGAACGGUGACAAUUACUUCACCGAAUGCAUCCAGGAUAUCAGCGAUGAUGAUUACGAAUUAUCAAUUGAUGAUCUAAAGGAAGAAUGCAGUAUUUUCCCGUUCUUCUUCAUGGUGACUUUUACUCCUGUCGUUGAAGGAACCAUGUUCUUGGUCAGAGUGACGCAGUUUAAUCUGUAUAAAGCAUUGAGAUACUUUUUCAAUCAGACCGACAAGAGGUGCGGCAUCAUCUGCGUCACGGCGGGGAAACGAAAGCGCCAGGUGGCUUUUGGAAAGCUGCACGAGUCCGAGUAUUUCAUGUUCGACUGCGAAUGCAUGGGUCCGCCCAUGUUCCUGGACAGAACCGGGAGGGCUUACGCAUUGAGGACGACUACCCUUAACCGCCUCCUCCACGUCCUCACUUUGACGCUGAGAGGGGGUGAUUUUUUUAUUUUUGAAGUCAAGAUAUCGGAUAUGUCGUCUAUUGCAUAA